AUGAAGAAGGGACGUGCAGCCAAGCAAUGCAAGAUGAGGAUGGCUCAGGGUUGCCAAGUGGCCACGCUGUUGAACUGUGCUGACAACAGCGGUGCCAAGAAUCUGUACAUCAUUGCCGUCAUCGGAAUCGGUGGUCGCUUGAACAAGCUGCCGAACUGCUCUCCGGGUGAUCUGGUGCUGUGCAGUGUCAAGAAAGGCAAGCCCGAGCUUCGUAAGAAGGUGCUCAAAGGCGUCGUCAUCCGUCAGAAGAAGGCCUGGAGACGUCGUGAAGGUGUUUACGUCUAUUUCGAGGACAACGCCGGUGUCAUUGUGAAUGACAAGGGUGAGAUGAAGGGCUCUGCUAUCCAGGGCCCUGUGGCCAAGGAGUGCGCAGAGCUCUGGCCCAAGAUCGCCUCGUGCGUGGGGAACUCAGUGCCG